CGGGACUCUUAAAGGGCGAGCCCGACGGGGAAGCGGCCCGGAGAGUCGAGCGGCGGCGGCGGGCAGACCCCCGUGCAGGAUGGCAUCAACAAAGCUGCGUGUGGCCGUGAUUGGGGCAGGGGCUGCUGGACUCUGUGCUGCCCGGCACCUACUUGCCUCCCCUGACACUUUCGCCCCUCCUGUGGUGUUUGAGGGCUCCAGCCGUCUCGGGGGCACCUGGGUUUACACGGAGGAGACUGGGGAGGACGCUUGGGGAUGGACCAUCCACUCCAGCAUGUACCAUGACCUCAGGACUAACCUGCCCAAGGAAGUGAUGGCCUUUCCUGAUUUCCCCUUCGACCCUUCACUGCCAUCGUUCCUGCACCACUCGGAUGUGCUGAGCUACUUGGAGAGCUACGCAGAGCACUUUGGCAUCCAGGACAACAUCCGGUUCCACUGGCAGGUAGAAGAGGUCAGGCCGGGGCAGAAAGGCCAGACUGGCAGCCCUUGUGGCUGGGAUGUCACAGCCGUCCUGCGGGCUCCAGAUUCAGCCCAGCGAGUCACAGAACACUUCGAUGCGGUCCUGGUUUGCACUGGGCACUAUGCCAGCCCGUUUCUCCCUGCCAUCCCUGGCCUGGACAGUUUCCAAGGCCACCUCCUGCAUAGCCACAGCUACCGCCACCCUGAGCCCUUUGCUGGCCAGUCGGUGGUGCUGGUGGGUGCUGGCUCGUCAGGGGUUGACCUCGCCCUGGAGCUGCUUCCCCUGGCUGCCCGCGUCAUGCUGAGCCAUCACGGGCCUCCCGUGUCCGGGCUGCCUGAAGACGUGCAGCAGGUGCCUCUGCUCUCCCAAGUGGCCCAGAAGGCGGUGGUGUGCAGCGAUGGCUCAGUGCUGCAGGCAGACACCUUGAUCCUGUGCACCGGCUACCGGUACCACUUCCCCUUCCUGGACUUGGCCCAGCUAGGCUUGCAGGAGACAGACUACGGGGUGGGCCCCCUGUACCUGCACUUGCUGCCUCCACAGCACCCUUCGCUGCUCUUCCUUGGCCUCUGCCAGCGUAUCUGCCCCUUCCCCCACUUCCACUGCCAGGCGCGCUUUGCCGUGGCCGUGCUGGCUGGACGUUGCCCCCUUCCCUCUGCAGCUGCCAUGGAGGCGGAUGCCCAGGCGCAGCUGGAGCAGCACUUGAGGAGCGGUGGGCUGGCCCGGCACUUCCUGUGGCUCAAGGACCAGCAGUGGAGCUAUGCAGAUGAGCUGGCUCAGAAGGCAGGAUUCCCCCCUCUGCCACCUGCUGUCAGAGGGAUCUACGAAGCUGUAUGUGCCAGCCGGGCCCGUGACCUGGCCACUUACCGCAGCCAGAACUAUAAGCUGCUGGGAGCCAGUGCCUGGGAGCUGGUGUAAGGGUCUGGCAGGGGCUGGGCCGAGGGUGGAGUGAGGCCUUCAUCCCCCCAGAGCAGUGGCUCCCCUUUUGUGGGGUUCCUCUGAGAACCAGGGUCAUUUGUGGCAGUGGCGGCAGCAUGGCUGCUGGCCGAGAAAACACAGCAGUCUUCCUGGAGACACUUGAUCAAAGUGCUUCUCUGGGCGAGGAUUUGAGGCAGCCCCUGAAGUGGGUGUGGAGACCCUUUUUCACUAAAGGCUGAGAGGCAGGCAGGCCCAGGGCACUGCAGCAAGCUGCUUGCGGGGGGGGGGGAUUCUGACCAGGACCCCCCCAGUCCUGAAGCAGUGCCUUCUCACAAGCACAGCGCUCCGCCCCAGUGUCAUGCCCCAGUCCAUCCCGCAAGCCGGGAGGAAUUGCUAACGCAGAGCAGUCACCCAGGUGCACACAGGCCCUGCUCAGACACAGCAAGCCUGCUCUAGCCUGCCCCGUUUGCUCCCCAGGAACUGCUGUUCAGCCGUGUGGAGGCUUCCUGGCUUCUUCCCAGGGUGGUUGCUCUGCUCGAAAGCACCACCUUAGCCACAUCUUGCAGCAGCUAGCUCCAAUGCACGGUGGGAAGGAGAGGCCCCUUUUGAUGUGCACCUGCUGCCAGUCGGUUUCACUGGGUCACCCUGCUUGAAUUUUAGCAUUUAGUGGGAGGGAGACGUGUCUGUGUCCCUGAACUCCUGUUCUUUGCUCAGUGUGCUGCUCAAGGAGAGGGGCAGCCAUGGGGCCCAGGUGCCAUGAAUGUCUCGCUGGCCCUCUGUGUUGGUGGGGAUCUGGCUUCACAUCCCACGCAUCAGGACAGUGCCUCCACCAUGGUCUUCAAAGCCUGCUGCUAGAAAUGUUCUGCCAUAGAAAUAAAAGCGCAACAAUA